CAUGCAAUUGUGAGGCUUAUGGGUCGUGCUGCUUCUCACAUUACACUAGAGUGUGCUCUACAGACACACCCUAAUGUUGCACUCAUCGGUGAAGAGGUUGCUGAGAAGAAGGAAACACUCAAGAAUGUCACAGACUACAUUACCGAUGUUGUUUACAAACGUGUAGAACUUGGUUACAACUAUGGAGUUGUCCUAAUACCGGAAGGCUUGAUUGAUUUCAUCCCAGAGAUUCAAAAACUCAUUGCAGAAUUGAAUGAAAUUUUGGCACAUGAUGUUGUUGACGAGGCAGGGGCUUGGAAAAGCAAGCUUGAACCAGCAUCUAGGGAGUUGUUUGACUUCUUGCCCAAAACCAUUCAGGAGCAGCUUUUGCUUGAAAGAGAUCCCCAUGGCAAUGUUCAGGUUGCAAAAAUUGAAACUGAGAAAAUGCUUAUUGCCAUGGUUGAAACUGAAUUGGAGAAGAGAAGAGCGGCGGGGAAGUACUCUGCACAUUUCAGAGCCCAGUCUCUAGAUGCUGGUUGUGCCCAGGGUGGCACCAGGCAUAGCAUAUCUCUUUUCCUGGUGGUUGAGUAG